UGCCUCCCUGGUAAGUUUUUUCUUGUCCUUUUGUAAAUUUUGGAGAGACAUUCUGCUCUUGGUAAUAUCACUGUGGUGCUCCAUUUUCUCCACUUGUUGAUGAUGGCCUUCACGGUCCGUCUUCGCAGUAACCAUCUAAAAAAAGUUGCAUAUGAUUUCUGUCUGUUGAUGUAAUUAUCGAGUGGCAAGAUAACCAAGGCGUUUUUAGGCAGGAACUUGGUUUGAGAGAUUUUCAUACAGACAGACGUGAUGGUAAUGCAUUUAAAAGGAUUGACAUUUGUGCUUUGCAGUAUUUCAUUUCUAAAGGCUAAACACCCUUUUCUUAAAAUGUUGAGGUUGUUUAUGAAGUACUCAGCCAUCUCUUUCUUGAAGUCAAAAACUUCGCCAGAGAGUGUUAUGUACCACUUAAAAAUUCUUCCCUCUCUUUCGCCAUCAUGCUCUCUACACUGUAAUGUUUAGCGUCAGGAUACGGACAUGUGUAGUUCUGAUAUUCUGCCCUUUUCCAGAAAUGAGUGAUGUAGCCUUUCUUUUGUUCUGUGAGUAUGGCUUUGGGGAGGUUGUGGAGUUUCAUUGGUAGAAACGAAAGACUGUCAGUGUAGGAUUGAUUGAAGUCAGGAUCUGUAAACCACACAUUCAAGUUAUGAAUCCUAACCUCUUGCAUUAUGUACAAUGAACGUGUAUUUAUUACGGCGGAACUACUUGGGGAAAAAAAAGCACUCACGCAACAAUCCCCUUUGGCCACCCACUCAUUUCCAAGAAAAUCAAUGCAAGAUAUACAAUUUGCUAUAUGCAUCUCUUUUUCCUAUCUAGCUUCAAAAUAAUAGAAUACAUAUUUCUGCUUUCUCUUCCUUCAACGGCUGUAUAAAGCAUUCAUGUUCUGUGUCGUAAUCGACUUUCAUAGCACAAGUUAUAAGACCCCUGGUGAGAACACGUGCUCUUGGGGUUCAAAGGGGCUCUUUUUUCCACGUGUUUACAACCAGGGCAGUAGAAAGCCACCUGACACAGUGAAUAGGUUUCUCCGUCUCUCUAACAAAGCUUUGCAUUAUGUCUGUCAAAACAGUAUUGCGACUUACAAAAUCUUUACAUUUCAGGCAUUGAAUUACAUGUAGAUGAUGUCUGUAACAUCCGAUGUGGAGGCAAACAUUGCAGGGAAAUUCACAUUUGUGAUUCCGUAGAUCAUGAUAGCCUAUGUCAGGUGACAGAAACUGCAGAUGUAAACAGAUCCGAAAAGACCACCUUUAAAUACCUUUAACUCCGUUCUCAUGUAAAAACAAAUAAAUUAUUUUAUCAUGGGGAGUCUCAGUAGUGUGAAAAAAAAGAAAUUUCUCGGUUUGUUUGUGCAACAGAACACAACUACAAUUUUACAGUUCAAACAUUGUUUGAACUUUUCAACAUCGGCAAACGUUGCGAAUUGUUCAUAGAUAAACCCACAACUUGCUGGAUCUAUUUAGCAAUUUGUUCUAUUUCAAAAUCGUUUUUACAGUGUUCAGCAAUCUGGCAACGCACAAGAAAAAGCACAGAUUAGCCUUGUUAUGGAUAACAUACAGAUGCUUCAGUAUUUUCUGAACUAAUUCUGAACUGAAAAUGCUGCUGACGUUUUCCCCACCCGGUGGGGAAAAAACAAACAAAAAAAUUAAUUGCACAUUAAAAAUGAAGCUAAGAAUUCUGUGCUGAUUAUACAAAUUUAAUUAAACCAUUAAAAAAUAAAUUUAAUUGCACAGUAAAAAUGAAGCUAAAAAUGCUGUUCUGUUUGUAAGGAUCAAAUGGCUCUUAAUUUAUGUCACUUCGAAAUAUAAACACGCCCCGUAGUAUAGCCCCACCCCUAACACUGACUGACAGGAUUCUGUGCAAGGCAUCGGAAAUGCAAAUGCAAAGGGAAUUGCUAUUCCAUUUGAAUUUUGGUAGGCUCCCCACGCGACGCCGAGGAAGUGAAAUAACAAACGGGAAUGUGCGGCCCUUGUCUCAGGCCUAUGGAGAACAGCCCCUCCUCGCCAGUCUUUUUAAAGGUAAAGAAGACCCAGGAAACGUCCCAGCCCUCACGGAAUGGCGAGUGCACUGAUCAGAGGACAGAGAAAAAACAACAGCACAGCUCCCAGCAGCAUAAAGAAAAGGGAAUUCUCUUGGAUGCUGGGGGCAGUGAAAGCGAGGGAAGCAGUCUACCUCCAACUUUUCCUGAGGAAGACCCAGAAAGGAUGAAACAUAGGAGGAAACAGAAAACUCCAAAGAAGUUCACUGGGGAGCAGCCCUCCAUCUCUGGAACAUUUGGCCUGAAAGGGAUGAAUAAGGUGGAUGAAAAGCUGAAGAUUGGUAGAACAAAGCGACCAGAGGGGCCACCAUUCAAUGAGGGGUCCCAGAAGAAACAACUGACCCUGAUUCCAGCCAAAAGGGAACCACCCUGCCAUAGUCAAGCACCAGCUCUUGAUUCUGAGGCGCAGGAUGCCAUUUUGGAGCACAGUGAGGUGUCCUGCUCCACUUGCUCCAUUGUCACCUACAAGAUUUGUCCUGGCUUCAAAAAGCACUUGAAGAUCUGUCAAAAGGCCCCCAUCAGUGAAGAAAGUGAGUUGGAUUGUGUGAAGGAGGAAGAAAAAGAGCAGUCUCCCACUGACAAGACAAAAUCAGAUCUAGCCCAUAUGAAAAUAAAGAAAAGAAGAGAAGAGAAGAUGGAGAAUAAAAAGGAUGCCAGUGUGGAGGCCGAGGAGGAGUUGUUGGACCUAGAGCGCACUCCCAGUGGCCGGGUGAGGAGGCGCUCAGCCCAGGUAGCUGUAUUCCACCUGCAAGAGAUUGCAGAGGAUGAACUGGCCAAGGACUGGGGAACCAAACGCCGCAUCAAAGAUGACCUUGUCCCCGACAUUAAGAGGCUGAAUUACACACGACCAGGCCUUCCCACCUAUAACCCUGAAACCCUGGAUACUUGGAAAAAUGAAGUAAAGGAGAAAGGUUUCAUCUGUUGUCCCAAUAGUAGCUGUGAGGCCAUUUAUUCAAGUGUAUCAGGACUCAAAGCUCACCUUACCAGCUGCAUCAAGGGAGGGGUCAUUGUGGGGAAGUAUACAUGCUUACUGUGCCAGAAGGAAUUCAGCUCUGAGAGUGGGGUGAAAUACCACAUUUGUAAGACACACUCUCAGACUAGUGCACCAGUGUCAGCUGCUCUCACCUCCUCUUUCUGCACACCCUGCUGUCCCCUCAUUUUAAUUCAGAAUUGGUUUCGAGCAACAGGCCACGUGUCUAACAGCAAGAACAAAGAUUCACAGAGCAACAACCUGCAGAAAGACAUGAAAAAUGGAGUGCCCUGGAAGAAAAGGGGUCGGAAACCCAAAGAACGUCUGGCUGAAACAGCAUCCACCCGAGAAAAGACUCUGAGUAGUAGCAAUGGACCUUCCAUGAAUCACCAGACCCCACAUCCAAACACAAGCCCAACACCAAUACAAACAUCAAGCCAGAACCCAGCCUGCACCACCCCUAACAAUAUCCCAACACCAACAGAUGAUAUAAAUCUAACCCACAAUAGAGAUUUGCAGCCUCCUGUUAAGAAGAGAGGCAAGCCUAAGAAAGCACCACUCACAGAGUAACAUGGCUUUCACCACUUCAGUACCAGACAGGAUGCUGUUAGCAAUACGCCAGUAAACAAACAAAACAAUACUUCAUCUGUAAGUCAUCACCCCUGCAAUUAAAUAUUACACAGAAAAUGGAGCUGAUACAGAAUAACACAUGGUGGAGCAGAUGAGAAAGUGUCAACAAUUAGCUCUUGCAUUAGUUUAUUUUUAAACCCGAUAUAUACAUAAAACUGAAAAUAUUGGAAUGGCAAGGACAAUUCUUUUGUUUUUGCUAUACACUGAAGACAUUUGGGUUUGAAAUCAAAAGAUGAAUAUGAGACG